AUGCCUGCUGUCAAAAUACGGGGAAAUGCUUUUAAAUGGCUGGCGGUUUUAAUUGGUAGUGUCACUUUACUCGUAGUAAUUCUUCUUCGACAUCCAGAUAAACAUGCUGAUAGUGAUGUAACUAAUGCAAUUGCUGCAGAAAUAAACACAGAAGCAUCGAGAAUCCGUUGGUCAGUAUCACGUGCACAAGAAUGGUACGCUUCUCAACCAUGGUUUCUUGGUGCUAAUUAUGUACCAUCAACUGCUGUUAAUGUAUUAGAAAUGUGGCAAGAUACAUUUGAUGAAGUAACAAUUAAACGUGAACUUGAAUGGGCAAAUAAACGAUUACGAAUGAAUUCAUUACGAGUUUUUCUUCAUAUACUUGUAUGGAUAGAAAAUUCCGAAAAAUUUUAUAAACGUUUAGAUACAUUUCUUAAUAUUGCAAAAGAUAAUAAUUUAAAAAUUAUGCUUGUUCUAUUUGAUGAAUGUUGGAAUGCUGAACCACAAUUAGGUAAACAACCAGAACCUACUCCAGGUGUACACAAUUCACAAUGGGUUCGAUGUCCUGGUCAAACAAUGGUGCUAGAUAAAACAAGUUGGCCAAAAAUUGCUCAAUAUACGAUAGAUGUUAUUAGUCGUUAUAAAUCUGAUAAACGUAUUUUUGCAUGGGAUUUAUAUAAUGAACCUGAAUGUAGUAAACAAAUAAAGGUUAUUUUACCAUUACUUCGUUAUAUAUACAAAGCAGCUCGAUCAGUUAAUAAUGUUGAACAACCAAUGACUAUUGGUAUAGCUAAAUGGCCAUUGACGGCACCAUUAGCAUUAUUUGAAUUAGCUGCUUCGGACAUCAUUUCUUUUCAUUCAUAUGGACCAUUAGCGAAUGUGAUGAAAAAUGUUAGUGAUCUACGACAAGUUCAAUUAGGCCGACCAAUUCUUUGUACAGAAUGGCUUGCACGUACAUUUGGAUCAACAUUAUUUACACAUCUAGAUUUUUUUCAAAGUGAAAAAGUAGGUGCAAUACACUGGGGACUUGUUGCUGGUCGAUCUCAAACAUAUUAUCAAUGGAAAUCACCUCCAAAUGCACCAAUGCCAAAAAUGUGGUUUCAUGAUGUUUUAUAUCCAAAUGGAACAGCAUUUAGUCGACUAGAAGAACAACUUUAUUUUGAAACUAAACAUUAA